CUGUCAGUUCCAGUUUCUUUUACUGCUUGUGGUUCUAAAGAAAGGCGCUUGCUAAUCAUCAGACUUCACUGGAUCAUAGGCGCAUUGGAAACAAAGUAACCUUAGGAAAUGACGUCCUUGUCCCCCUUAUUAGUCUAAACGGAAUGUCUUCAUAAUUAGCUAGUUGUCCUGUUUAUCGUGGGAUUAGUCUUAACUAUGCACUCCGGUGUCGCUUUCGCGUUAGCAAUGCUAUUGACUGGUGUGUUUUCAUCCCAGCAUAACCGCGAACCUGAAACUCCAGACUGGCGAAUGACACUGAAAACCAUUCGAAAUGGCAUUCACAAGAUAGACACGUACUUAAACGCAGCUUUGGAUCUCUUUGGUGGGGAUGACGGACUCUGUCAUUACAAAUGCAGUGAUGGUUAUGUGCCACAACCCCGUCCAGGUUAUAAACCUCCUCCACCCAAUGGAUGUGGUUCACCUCUGUUUGGAUUUCAGUUUGAUAUUGGGAUCCCGUCCAUGACGCGGUGCUGUAAUCAGCAUGACCGAUGCUAUGACACUUGUGGGAAGGAGAAGCAUGUCUGUGAUGACCAGUUCCAGCAGUGUCUUGAGACCAUCUGCAAUAACGUGCAAAAGACCCUAGGACUGGCCCAAAGUGUACAAGCGUGCGAGUCUGCGGUGACCCUCCUGUUUGAUGCUGUUAUGCACAUGGGUUGCAAACCCUACAUGGACAGUCAGAGGGCAUCAUGCAUAUGUCACUUUGAGGAGAAAAGGGAUCUGUGAAGUUCUACGGUGAACAGCUCUGGGGAUACACGGAGGCCAGCAGGCCUGCCAUUCAGGAUUUAAACAGCCAAGGAUCUCGUCUCAUAGUAUUGAUCAGACCUGCUUCAUUAUGAGCUUAACACCAUGAUUAAGUCUGCAUCAGUGUGGCUGCUCCGGCUGUGACUACUUAAUGAUGUCACUCAAGUAAUAGGAAGGAUCUCAGGGAUGAAACGGAUGAGUCAUGAAUGAUGAUUACAGUUGUGAAAUGUGAAGAAAUAUUAAAGGCCUGAUUGAAAUAAUGGGCAAAGUGCAGAGUCAGGUAACCGGUUAAGAGUUUUGUGCAUGAGCUAAAGCCAUUGGGUACUUGUGCAUGAGCUAAAUUGCUAGGUGUGUAUGGUAACCAAUGUGUGUAUGGUGCUCCUAAUGAUAUGAAAUUAGCAAAUACAUUUUGUUCCGUUAUUAAAUAAGCUCCAGUUAGACUUUAGGCCUCUGCUCUUUGCCCAUCAUUAGAAUUAGGGCCCUGUGUGUUAUAAUGAUGAAAGCAUCCAGGUUACCUAAUGCACUAUAGUUAUUGGCACUUUGUAACAUCAUUUAGGUUUCAUGUGGUGUGUGUGCAACACGUUUUUUUUAUGUUGCAUUCAUGAAUGUUUAAUGACAUACUGUUGUGUAUUCAGUUAUAUUAUGUGCUGUUCCUGCUAUUCCACCACACCAUCAGAGGGCGCACUUCCAUUGAUUGUUUCUAACUACUACAAUGUGUUGUGAGAUGACGUGCAGAAUACUGAGAUAAAGAACAUACGGUGAACUUGC